UCGGCGGGACCAUGGCGCUGCGCGCCCGGGCGCUGUACGACUUCAGGUCGGAGAACCCGGGCGAGAUCUCGCUGCGGGAGCACGAGGUGCUGAGCCUGUGCAGCGAGCAGGACAUCGAGGGCUGGUUCGAGGGCAUCAAUAGCCGCGGCGACCGCGGCCUCUUCCCGGCCUCCUACGUGCAGGUGAUCCGCGCCCCGGAGCCCGGCCCCGCGGCGGACGGCGGCCUCGGCGCCCCGGCCCGCUACGCCAAUGUGCCACCCGGCGGCCUCGAGCCCCUGCCCGCCGCGCCGCCCGCCGCCUUCCAGCCUCCGGGCACCUUCCAGCCCCCGGGCGCCUUCCAGCCUCCGGGCACCUUCCAGCCCCCGGGCGCCUUCCAGCCUCCGGGCGCCUUCCAGCCCCCAGGCCCCGGCCUCCCGUACGCCGGCGGCGCCUCGCAGCCGUCGCCCCAGCAGCUCUACGGCGGCGGCUACCAAGCCAGCCAGGGCAGCGACGACGACUGGGACGACGAGUGGGACGACAGCUCCACGGUGGCCGACGAGCCGGGCGCGCUGGGCAGCGGCGCGUACCCGGACCUGGACGGCUCGUCGUCAGCGGGGGGCGCCGGCCGCUACCGCCUGUCCACGCGCUCCGACCUGUCGCUGGGCUCCCGCGGCGGCCCGGCGCCCGCGCAGCACCAGCCGUCGGGCGCGAAGAGCUCAGCCACCGUGAGCCGCAACCUGAACCGCUUCUCCACCUUCGUCAAGUCGGGCGGGGAGGCCUUCGUGCUGGGCGAGGCGUCGGGCUUCGUCAAGGACGGCGACAAGCUGUGCGUGGUGCUGGGGCCCUACGGCCCCGAGUGGCAGGAGAACCCCUACCCCUUCCAGUGCACCAUCGACGACCCCACCAAGCAGACCAAGUUCAAGGGCAUGAAGAGCUACAUCUCCUACAAGCUGGUGCCCACGCACACGCAGGUGCCGGUGCACCGGCGCUACAAGCACUUCGACUGGCUGUACGCGCGCCUGGCCGAGAAGUUCCCGGUCAUCUCGGUGCCCCACCUGCCCGAGAAGCAGGCCACCGGCCGCUUCGAGGAGGACUUCAUCUCCAAGCGCAGGAAGGGCCUCAUCUGGUGGAUGAACCACAUGGCCAGCCACCCGGUGCUGGCGCAGUGCGACGUCUUCCAGCACUUCCUGACCUGCCCCAGCGGCACGGACGAGAAGGCCUGGAAGCAGGGCAAGAGGAAGGCCGAGCGCGACGAGAUGGUGGGCGCCAACUUCUUCCUGACGCUGAGCACGCCGCCCGCCGCCGCGCUGGACCUGCAGGAGGUGGAGAGUCGCAUCGACGGCUUCAAGAGCUUCACCAAGAAGAUGGACGACAGCGCGCUGCAGCUCAACCACACGGCCACCGAGUUCGCGCGCAAGCAGGUCACGGGCUUCAAGAAGGAGUACCAGAAGGUGGGCCAGUCCCUGCGCCACCUCAGCCAGGCCUUCGAGCUGGACCAGCAGGCCUUUUCGGCCGGCCUGAACCAGGCCAUCGCCUUCACCGGAGACGCCUACGACGCCAUCGGCGAGCUCUUCGCGGAGCAGCCCAGGCAGGACCUGGACCCCGUCAUGGACCUGCUAGCGCUGUACCAGGGCCACCUGGCCAACUUCCCCGACAUCAUCCACGUGCAGAAAGGAGCUCUUACCAAAGUGAAGGAGAGCCGGCGCCACGUGGAGGAGGGGAAGAUGGAGGUCCAGAAGGCGGACGGCAUCCAGGACCGCUGCAACACCAUCUCCUUCGCCACCUUGGCCGAGAUCCACCACUUCCACCAGAUCCGAGUGAGAGACUUCAAAUCACAGAUGCAGCAUUUCUUACAACAACAGAUAAUAUUUUUCCAAAAAGUGACGCAGAAGUUGGAAGAAGCUCUUCACAAAUAUGAUGGUGUUUAAUGACUGGACAUCGGAUUGUGGGCUUUUCCAGUGCAAGAGCAAUCCCUGCAGCAGAACGAACCUGCUGCCAAAGAGCCAUUGCCAGCGGCCAGCGGUGCAAGGCCGGGUCUGUGCUGAGCCCGGGCCGGUGUAUACUUCGUAGGGGGACAGUCAGUGGUCACGUAGUAGAGACAGUACCGCACAUGUAACUAAGUUGUACUAUGUAUGCCUACACUACCAUUGUAACUUUUGGAAUAAUGAUUAUACUAUUUGCCUUAUUGCUUUUGGAAGGAUGGGUAUUUCAGUGCGUACGGGGUAGACCUCAGGACCGUGCGGGUCUUGGAGAGCCGGCGGGGCACAGCCUGCUCCGAUGCCUUCCCCCUCACAUGUAGGGCUCCCGAAAUUCAGCCUGUUCUCUGUUUACAAACUCCAACUAGAGCAGCUAUGCGACUUUGUGCCUUUAGACUCUUGGUUUUUCAUUUCUCCCCCUGACCUUCUUUUAAGUAACCACAGCUUUCUGAUUGAAAGAGCGAAAGGCCAGUGCACACAGGGGCAGACUGCUGGUAACCGCACGUGGGCGCGGGCGGCGCGGGGGCGGCUGGCACCGCUGGCAGGCUGUCUCCUGUCCUGUGAGCGCAGCAGAGGGGCCUGAGCUGGUCCGGGACUUGACGCCCGGUAGGGGAGGAGGUGGUGCUGCUGUGUUCCCCUGAUGCUCCGGUGAGGCAGCCCCGCACUCCAGUGUCCUGGAGACCCGGUGCGCAGGGUCCCAUGAGCAGUCUCACCGCGCGGACAGCAGGAGGCUAGGCAGUCAGGGUCGCAGUAGACUCGGGGAGCAACUCGGCUCUGCUCCCCAGGAGGGUGUCCUUCUCUGUUCCUUUAGCUUGAAGGUUUUCUUUUCUACUUCAGUGUGAUUUUUAAAUGGAUCUACACUGUUAACCGAUCGAGACUCCACUGUGAUUCACUCGUUUACUUACUCAAACACUUUUCAGGGAUGUGUGUGCAAGUCAGUGUUCCACGGGAUGAGAAGUAGUGCUGAUCUGAGGAGGGACCACAAGCAAGUUCUGCCAUUCCAGACGCCGAAGUCACUGUCUGAGUGCUGAUAGCCCCCAGGACAUUGGACCUUAAAACGAUCCUAAAUGUAUUCUUUUAUUAUUGUAAGGGAAAUACAAUGGCUGAUAAAUACCAAAAAGAGUCAUAAAGCAGCUUCAUUUAAAAAGCACAAAGAGAUUCUGGCUUGAAAUGCCAAAAUCUCAAUGUUUCUCAUAGUUGCUGAGCUAAAUAAUGUGAUUCUUGAGUUUACAGAUGUAAAGUUGUCACUGAAAGGUUCAAGUAUCUACUGUUUCUAUGAAGCGAGACUUAAGCCGCCUCAGAAAGCCCUGGGCUUUGCAAGGGUAGCUCGGAAGCGAAGGGGUCAGUGUGAAAUACUGGUGAGUCUCACUGAUGAAGGAAAAGGGUAGUGAUUGAAGCGGUUACUCAACAGCACACUUACUCUUGAAAGUAAUCUCACAUGGGUUGAAUUUUUAAGAUCUGGGUAUCAUAAUUUUGAUCAAAAUGUUGUCCCUUCGAUCACUUCGAGCCAGAUUCAACAUCACGCUCUGCUCCAGACGGGGACUGGAGCCAAACGCAUUGUUCUCUAAAAAGUCAUCUUCUCUUAUGGAUUGCAAAAUGUCGUUUGAUAAACAAAAUCCAUAUGUGUAUAAAUGUUAAUUUUAUGGCAGAAGUUUUCAGAUGAUAAUUAUAGCAUUUAAGUUUGGAUCUAUAUUGGACAAAUAAGCACUAUGCUUUUCAAAUGAUUUGAAAAUCAGUUUUAUUUGCCUCUUUAUUUUGAUGAUGGUUUGAUUUUUUUUUUUUUUUAAGUAAAAUCACAAAACUUGUGCUCUGACAGCGUGGAAAGGAUCGGAAGUGUCUGACGCGUGGGCUUGGGCCAGGGUGGCCAUAGCUCACGUCAUGGGAACUGAAGCCGGGGGUGCGGCUCCUGGUGCUGGCCCCAGAGGGAACUCCGUUCCUCGGGAAGACGACAGUGCAGUGCCUCUGCCUCGGGAGGUUUCAGUGGGCCCCCGGGGUGGCCGCCAGGGUUCUGUUCAUGUUCACCCAAGAUCUUUCCUUCUCUAACGUUCUUGGUCCCGUUGAGACAUUUCAGUAUAUGAAAAUACUGCAAUGUUAAUGCCCAAGAGAAAAAGCCAUCAUAAUGUAUAUGCUGGUGAUGAAGAUCAGUGUGGUACAAUUUUUUAAAAAUAAACUGUCAUGCCCUU